CUUCCCGUCCUCAACGCGUGUCUGCCUUCUAUUCCUGGUGUUCAGCCGCAAGUCAUUCAUUUAUCCCGUCGCUCUUUUUAUAAACUUGCAGAACCCGCUCCCUUGCCGACCAUCGUCAUUCAUCAAUUUCCAGGCGUUGUCUAGUAAUCCACGUCAGAAGAAAGAUGCGUUUCUCAGUUCCCGCUGUUCUCGCUUUGGCGGCAAGCCUCGUCCAGGCUGCCGAUCCCACCGCCGGCUUCCACCCGAUCACCAAGCCCACUCAAGGCGAGGAGGUCAGUGCCGGCACGACAUAUGAAAUCGUCUGGGAGCCCAGUGCCGCCUAUCCCGGCGACAUCACCAUUGGCCUGCUCGGUGGAUCUUCUCCUCUCACCCUGGACGUUAUCAACACCAUCGCAGAGGGCGUCGAUGGCGCCGCUGGCUCCUUCAGCUGGUCGGUCCCCGCCACCCUCGGCAACCUGGCGACCUACGGCAUCAAGAUCACGCUUGAAUCGGACAUCACCGUCUUCCAAUACGGCUUCCCCUUCAAGAUCGUCGGCGGCGGUGCCAGCGGCUCUGCUUCCGCUAGCGGCAGCGCCUCGGCGAGCGUGACGGCCACCGAGACCUCGGCCAGCGCCAGCGAGUCCGGGUCCGCCUCCGCCUCGGGCUCCGUCACCCGCACCAGCGGCUCGGCCAGCUCCACAAUCACCAGCACCGUCACGAUCCCCUCCUCGACCCUCAGCUCGUCCACCCUCUACGGCAACUCCUCCACCACCGCCCACAGCACCAUCACCAGCCUCACCACCGUCGUGCCCUCCUCCACCAGGACCGCCUCCACCACCAUCGCCACCAACGGCGUUGCGUCGCUCGCCGCUGGCUCGUUUGCGAUGUUUGGCGGUGUUGCUAUGGCUGUCUUUGCUCUUUAAGUGGUAGCAUGGCCUUGGUCUUUUGGAUCUCUUGUCGGAUGGUGGUUCUUCUCCCGUCGCUGGUCUUUUUUCUCACUUGGGUUGCAGGAUUUCCACGGAAAACUGUUGGUCUCUAAUCGCAUCGUGAGGGGAGCAUCUCUGCGUCGUAGAGCACCGCGCCGAUUGUCUGCGCAUUUGAAGGCUGGACGA